CAGGUUAGAGCAAUGCUAUAUUGCAUUUUUUUUAUAUUCUAAAUAUAAAAAUUAAUAUAAAAUUAUUUUUCUUCAAAAUAUGGUUGGAAUUGGGGUAAAAAAAUGGGCACUAUUGAGAAGCUGAAAUAAUCGACCCGUUUUUGAGACGCGGGUCAACCCGCCUCCUUCAUUUGCAGUAGGGUUUAGAUAUUUAAUCGCAGUAGGGUUUCACUCCGCUGCCUCAUCCCUCCCAGAACUGCCCUGCCGCUCGGCUUCAUCCUACGACGCUCGGAGCAAUGGUCUUCAUCAAAGUCCAGAAGAGCAGGGCUUACUUCAAGCGUUUCCAGGUCAAGUUUAAGAGAAGGAGAGAGGGAAAGACCGACUAUCGAGCAAGGACUCGACUCAUCAAUCAGGAUAAGAACAAAUACAACACUCCGAAAUACCGAUUUGUUGUCCGAUUUACCAACAAGGACAUCAUUGCUCAAAUUGUAUCAGCUAGUAUAACCGGUGACAUGAUUCUUGCUUCUGCUUAUGCUCACGAGCUUCCUCAGUUUGGCCUUGAUGUUGGGCUAACAAAUUAUGCUGCCGCCUACUGCACUGGGCUUCUUUUGGCUCGCCGAGUUCUCAAGAAACUUGAAAUGGAUGAAGAUUAUGAGGGCAAUGUUGAGGCAUCUGGGGAAGACUACUCUGUUGAACCUGCCGAAAGCCGAAGGCCAUUCCGUGCUCUCUUGGAUGUUGGUCUAGUUCGAACAACCACUGGGAAUCGUGUCUUUGGGGCCCUGAAGGGUGCAUUGGACGGUGGGAUCGACAUUCCUCACAGCGAAAAGAGGUUUGCAGGGUUUGGUAAGGAUUCAAAGCAGCUCGAUGCUGAGGUUCACCGCAAGUAUAUCUAUGGAGGUCAUGUUGUAGCAUACAUGAAUGGUUUGAUGGAAGAUGAACCUGAGAAGUACCAAUCUCAAUUUAGCGAGUAUAUAAAAAAGGGCAUUGAACCGGGCAGUAUUGAGGAAAUUUACAAGAAGGUGCAUGCUGCUAUUCGUGCUAAUCCUUGCCCAGAGAGACCGAAGAAGCAGGCUCCCAAGGAGCACAAGAGGUUCAACUUGAAGAAGCUAACUUAUGAGGAGAGGAAGGCUAAGCUGAUAGAGAGGCUUAAUGCUUUAAAUGCGGCUGCUACUGGAAAUGACGAUGAUGAUGAUGAGGAUGACGAGUGAACGAUAUUUCCCAAAUAAUGUCACCCUUUUCGAUCUUGUUUUCUCUUGUGUUUUCAUCAGAAGUUACGGCUCAAUUUUGCGUGACGCCUCCUUUCCUUUUCAUAACUUUGUGGAAUUUGGGAUUUUUGUUGGCUACUUUUUCUAUCUUUUUCUUAAGCUGUCCUUUCUCUUUCAAGUAGCUUACUUUCUACGAGUAUUAUAAUGUGUUAUUAAUUCAAAGGAAGUUCUUUUUAAAGAUUAGGAAGGAGGUAGUAUAUUUUAUACCACGAGUUGCAUCAUGUAUUAACCAUACUUGUUGGAAACUUUAUGACAAUAAUUGUUGGACACAUUUUCUCCAUAGUCCUUGAAAUGAGUGGAAGCAAGCAACACACAAUCUAUCGGGUAAACGGGUCCUCCGAUUGGCCCAAAACCAUUUAUUUGGGUCUCUAGUCUCGACACCAAUUUCACCUCACUUUACAUUCAUUAUUUGAAUCGAAUCGCAACCAACUUCUCGAAAGGGAUAACCAAAUUAUUCAACCAAUUUUCAUGGUUAUUGUUUCGAUUAAAACACUCCAUUGUCCUUAUUAGAUUGACCCUUUAAGAUGGAACUUUAAUAAUCAAUCCACAUCAUAAAAGAACCAUGCACCUCAUGAGUAUAUUGAGAGAUGACCCAAUGUACCCGACCAGUUUAAAAAAUAAGCCAUGGAAUCAUCUAACCGAGAACAGAAGUUCGAAGGCAGUUGAAGAUUUGAAAGAUGCCAAACACGGCCACGAAUGCAUAUGAAGCCAUCCAAACUCCAGCAGCAAAUAUCAAACCCAGAAAAUUGGGGCUUCCCAUAAAUGUUCCUUCACUUGCUGAUUUAAGUUUCUCGCGUCUUCAAUGCAACAUUCUGACGAUUGAUAUCUAUAACUG